UCUGGCCGGCACAGCACACGGAUCUGUCAGCCGCACACCGCCGCCUCGUCUGCGUUUCCAGCCUCUUGACAUCACCGGCGGAGGCGCGUUCCUGGUCUCGUCUUCCGUCAACUCUCGUCUCUCUGUCAUUCACCGCAACAGCUGCUGCUCUCGUCGAGUUGGCAUCGUGGCCGCGUGCGCUUACAUUGAUUGCCUUCUCUCUUUGAUACGACAAUUAUAAUAAUAGCAGCAGCCAAUUUAAUCAUCUCGAGAGAGAGAGACAGAGAAAGUAUCGAGGGGGAGACAGAGAGUAAUGGAUACCGUCGAGUUGUUAUUGGCGCUGUCCACGGCGAUGGUGCUGAUUGUGUCACUCGUGUCAAACCUCACCGUCCUCUGCUGCUAUGGCGCCAGCAGCGAGCUGCGUAAGCGAGCUCCCGGCGUCUUCAUCCUCAACCUCACCUGCUCCAACCUGCUGCUCACCCUGCUCAACAUGCCCCUCACCCUGGCCGGCGUCGUUCGCUCCGGCCACACCGGGACUCCCACCGCCCCGUUCACGGCGUCCAACUCCAACGACCCGCGCCAGCAGAAUCAGCACCAGGUGUUCGCCAAGGACGAGCACGCGUCCUUAUCGUCGUCGUCGUCGUCGUCAUCUUCCUCCCUGUCGUCAUCGUCGUCCUCGUCAUCGUCGCGGCCGUGUGGAGAGAGCCUCUGCCAGGCUGCCGCUUUCGCCGAGACCUUCCUCACCACGAACGCCAUGCUCAGCGUGGUUGCUCUGGGUCUCGAUCGCUGGGUCGCAGUCCUCUUCCCCCUCAGCUACGCCGCCCACAUGCGGCGUCGCGACGCGGCGCUGGUCCUCGCCUACGCGUGGCUUCACUCGCUCGCCUUCCCCGCCGCCGCCCUCGCUCACUCGCCCUCGUGGCUGGCCUACGGACCCUCGUACGCCUCGUGCACCCUGGUGCAGGGCCCUCCGCUGUCGCCACCGCCGCCGCCGUCGGCACCCGGCGGCCCGUUGGGGUCUGCGGGCUCCGCGAGCGCGCACCGCGGGUCCUCGGCGUCGUUCGCCGCCUUUUCGCUCGCCUACCACGCGCUCACCUUCUUCCUGUCGCUGCUCGUGCUGUGCCUCACCUACCUGAAGGUGCUGCGCGUGGCGCGCUCGCACUGCCAGCGCAUCGACGUGGUCACCAUGCACGCGCUCAUCCUGCUGGUGGACAUCCACCCCAGCGUGCGCGCGCGCUGCCUGGAGGAGCAGAAGGCGCGGAGGACGCGCGCGCCCCGGCGUGUGAGCACCUUCAUCGGCACUUUCGUGCUCUGCUUCGCGCCCUACGUCAUCACCAGGCUGGUGGAGCUGAGCCCCGCCGUGCCGUUCAUUGACCGCCGCUGGGGGCUGUUCACGCGCUGCCUGGCCUACAGCAAAGCGGCCCUCGACCCCUUCGUGUACGCGCUGCUGCGCCGCCAGUGCCGCCGCGUCCUUGCCGAGAUGUUCCACCUGCGACGCCACCACAGCCACCACCACAACCACCACCACCACCACAGCAGCCACCGCAACCGCCGCCACAGACACCACCGCUUCUGCGGCUCGCGCUCCACGGGACCCCGUUCCACGCUCGCCCUCGCCUCUGACGCCAGCGACUCCGUGGUGUUCACGGAGAGGCACAGCCCCGUGGGACGGGAAGAUCCCUGUGACAUCUCGGGGCCCAUGGAGGAGAUGGAGUUGGAGGUGGAGGUCUCAGAGGUGACUGCGAGCUCGCGCGUCAGGAUCGGAGAUGAGAAUGAUUACGAGGACGACGACGACGACGAUUACGACGGCGGUGGUGGUGGGCAGCAGAAGGAGAAGAAGGAGGUGAGAGGAGAAGCAGAACGCGGGGAUGGAGGAGAAGUUGGAGGAGCCGCGUUGGGACCUCAUCACGUUGGGGCGUCCCUGAGGGCAACGCAAUCGGAACGCGCGUUGGUGGAGGAAGUCGGGCUUCUGAAACCUGCAGACAGGUUCAGCGGUGACUUUUCCUCCUCCUCUUCCUCCUCCUCGUCGUCGCCAUCUUCAUCGACGUCCUCAUCGUCCUCGCCGCCUCAGAGGGCGGACCGCAAGAUGCCCGGGCGGCGAGGCGUGAGUCUCCCUCUGAGCACCGUCAUGGAGGAAUGUCCCGGCUCGUGCCCCGGCUCGUGCCCCGUGGCGCCCUUCUCGACCCUGAACCCGUGCCCCUCGGGGGAGAACGCGACAUCGCCUCUCGCGAGGGCGAACCCCUCUCGAACCACGGUGUAAGGGGAAUGGACUGCGAAGGAUGACGAUGAGGAGGAUGACGACGAUGAGGGUGAGGAGUUCCCGGGUGGAAUAAUGAGAGACAUCGGAAGACCGUCGUCGAAGGAACGAGUCGAGGAACAUCGCGGCAAGAGGCGAGAGUUUCGGAGCCGGGGCUGGCGGUGGUGGUGUGGUCGUCCAUCACGCGGACAGCUCUUGAUUCUGAAAGUUCGACGAGCGAUGGAAGGUCUCGCUGCCCGAAACUCCGCGGGACAAUGGCCCAGAGGAUGACACGGAGGCUCGGGGUUUUAAUUCACACGCCCUUGUUGUCUCCUCUACGGGGAGUGGAGGGGGGGACCAGCGCUCGGCUGCGGCUAAAGUUGGCUUCGCGUUCACGGGUUUCGCUAAUAGAAUUACCUUAUUUAAACCGAGUGAGAGCCCCGCUGAGAGGCGUCUGUUGCGGAAGGCGCCGUGGGUGCGUCGCGGUUGUCCGCGCGCCUUUGUCCUGCCCGGACGUGUGCCGCUGCACCACGGAGCAAUCGCGUGGCGGCGAGCGCGCUGGUAUCCCGAGUUCCAUUUCCGCUCACGGUCAAUACGAGUGGCUAACGAAUCAAUCGAACCGGUCUUGGGCCUCCCCAUUGGAGCGACUCGGCGUUAAAUGAGUACCCGCUGCGGUGUGUAAACAUCAGCUCAGCACUGGGGAGACAAAGGCGUCCGGGCGUCAUGGUGGUCACCCACCUUCUCGCGUGCCGUGUCGGUCUCCAUAGGUGCUCGCUAACAGCACU